CGUCGGCAGAUUCUUUUGCCACUCUACUCGCUCGCCUCCUUCCGCGUCCAUGUCCAUCGCUAAGAUCAGGUGCAAGUUUGUUAUCGCCUGUCUCUGGCUCUAAUUACGCUGAUCAUGGCAGUCUCUACGGCCAACACUCUGCAGGCAAGAGCGAGGCAACGAGAGUCCAGUCAAACAAUCUGUGAUGCCGAGUUGGAAUGGAUUGAGUGAGGCACAUUUGGACCUCUAUUGCGUCUGCUGGGAAGGAUCGACGUUCCUCGCGGGGUAGUUGCCACAGGAGCGAUUGCGAACACGUGAGACGUGUUGUUGUGGCGGAUUAAGAGUGCUGUGAGGAGCAGAGCGGAGAUGUAGUUUCUGUGACCGAAGGAGUGGAAGUCUUUGAAAUCUUGAGUGCGGCCGUUGGACCAGACCUUGGUGGUUAGUUUUUAUAUUUUUGAUUUUUUUUUGAAGGAUACUGCACCUUGCCAUGGCGUUUGUAAUUGACGACAAUUACUUGGCCAUCACUGCAAUCGUCACUAUAUGCUACCAGUUUGCAUUUUUCAUUGUUGCUGCUACCUGUAAAUUCGACAAGGUUACCGACUUCGCUGGCGGCACAAACUUUGUAAUACUAGCACUGCUUACGUUUGUCCUUCACCAAACAUGGCACUUUCGACAGAUUGUGCUCACAGCCCUUGUUGUGGUUUGGGGAUUUCGAUUGGCUAUCUUCUUGCUUCUCAGAAUAUUAGCAUGGGGAGAAGAUAAACGGUUUGAUGACAAGCGCGGGAAUCUUUUGAAGUUCGCUGCAUUCUGGUUGACUCAGGCAAUUUGGGUGUGGACCGUUAGCUUGCCUGUUACGGUUGUCAAUGGAAGUGAUAGGAAUCCCAACAUUACAGCGGCGGAUAUUGUGGGUUGGAUUCUAUGGCUUAUAGGUUUAUCUAUUGAGACAGUUGCAGAUCAGCAAAAGUUGAAUCUGAAGAAAAAUCCUGCCAGUAAAGGCAGAUGGUGUGAUGUUGGCGUCUGGGGUUGGUCAAGACAUCCAAACUAUUUUGGAGAGAUCCUUCUAUGGUGGGGCAUAUUUAUAAGCUCCACGCCAGUUUUAAGGAAUGGCCAAUGGGCAGUUAUUGCUGGUCCUAUCUUCAUUACGUUACUUCUGCUUUUCUUGAGUGGAAUGCCGUUGCUUGAGGAGUCAGCUGAUAAGAAGCAUGGAAACAAUCCACAAUACAGGACUUACAAGAACAGGACAAGUCCCUUGAUACCUCUACCUCCAGCAUUGUAUAGAGCGCUUCCAAGUUGGUUCAAGCUGGUGUUCCUUCUUGAACUGCCAUUGUACAAUAAGAAGCUAUCAAGUGGUCAAGAACGAUUGCAAAGCAGCACUGAUGAAGUAGUAUGAUAUCUUCGUCAUGUAUUUCUUAGAUUUUUGAAAAUAUCCUAAUUGGAGUUAAAAUGCCUAGGUGUCUCAUGGUUGUAUUUUUGGCAGUUUUAUGGGUUUCUGUAGAGCUUCUGCUUAAGAGUUACACUUGGGAAUGUUGCACUGGCUUUAAAACAGUAAAAAAUUUGCGAAACAGUUAAGUAAUAAUAUACAAGGAGUCCAGUGUGUACGAGAUUGUAGACGUAAUAUUUGGAGAGCAUGCAAGGGUGUCGAGUAACUCUUAAACUACCUCGAACGAAGACUGCUCAUUGAUAUGGAUAUCAUUAGGCAUGAUUUUCGUACCUGGUCAAUGUGUAGGAUUCCAGGAUUAAUUUUCAGACAGCCUGUGAUUUUAACUUUUAUUUAUAUCUACAUUUACAUCUUUUCAUUGGA